AUGAAAUAUAAAACCUAUCCGCCAAUUGCAGAGGGAUUCUCAAACAACAAUACACGGUUCAUUUUUGACAACAAGUAUGGUGAUGGUAAAACGUGUCAACAGAUGGGACUCUAUGGCUGGAAUGCCUCUAUCACGUUCUCGGCCACAUGCACAAAUGAUGGUGCAUUUUCAUACAUUGUGUUUGGCAUGGAUAGUGUAAAAUACACGAGCAAUAUAACGACUGACACGGGUUUGUCGUCCGGUUUUGGCAGAUAUGUGGUACUUAAUGGUUCUGAAAAUGUUUACGCGCAGGGUGUUUACAGUUCGAUGCUAAAUAAUUCACUCACGGAGUGGACUAUUGAUUUGCCGGGGGCGGGAAAUUAUUGCGCGACCGUUAUGCCCUUAAAGUACUUCAACGAGAAUACGAUGAAAGCAGCAUGGUGUGUUCCUAAUACUACGACCAAAAACGCAGAAAUUAUGUGA